UUUAUUAAGUAUAAAUAAUAAAAAUUAAAAAAAAAAAAAACAGUUCUAAAAACAUAAGUAUCGACUAAUAAAAACAAUAUAUAUUGUUCCGAGGAAAUAAAAUUAAUUAGUAAGUUAGAGAAAUUUCAUUUCAUUUAAAGAACAAUGUUGAAAUUAAAUAUUACCACCAACAAAUUGCCGGUUCAGGUAGAAAGGAUUUUUGAAAACUUGGUCACUUUGAAUUCACCAAAAUCACGAAAAUUUUCUAAAAUGUCGUUUGAAACAGAGAAAGAACGAUUUUUAAAGAUGGAAUUAGUAGAGAAAAGAAAAUAUUAUCACACAGCUGAUAUAAUAACUUCAGAUCAACUUAUGACAUGGCCAGAUUAUUGGAGAAAGAAUAAAGAUUCCAUAAAGUCAAUUGAUACUGAAGAAAUAGAGAAGACUAAAAAAGAGUUAGCCAAUAAAAUAUCGAUAAUGCAAGGUGACAUUACGUCUUUAGAAAUAGAUGCUAUUGUCAAUGCUGCAAAUUCAAGUCUGCUUGGUGGUGGUGGAGUUGAUGGAGCUAUUCAUAGGGCUAGUGGGCCAAAUCUCAAAAAAGAAUGUGCAACAUUAAAUGGAUGCAGAGUUGGUGAAGCAAAAAUAACAGGAGGUUAUAAGUUGCCAGCUAAAUAUGUUAUUCAUACUGUUGGACCACGUGGAGAAAACCCAGGAAAACUCAAAGAAUGUUACUUAAAUAGUCUUAAUGUCGCUAAACAAAAUAAUCUAAAAACAAUUGCUUUUCCAUGUAUAUCUACUGGAGUUUAUGGAUAUCCUCAAAGACCAGCUGCUAAAGUUGCUAUAACUACAGUCAAACAAUUUUUACAAGAAAAUGUUAACGAUAUUGAAAAAGUUAUUUUUUGUCUAUUCCUAGAUACUGAUAAAGAAAUUUAUGAGGAAUUGCUCCAAAAAUAUUUUGCUACAGAUUAAACAGUUUGCAAGCAAUUAAUAACGUCGUAGUUUUUAUAUCCAACCCAAUUAUUAUUUUUU